UUGUCCCGACCAAGAUUAUGUUUUCUCUUCCACUAUUUCCUUUCCUUUAAAAUUGAAUGGAGCCAAAGGAACACUAGUUUGCCAGUGUUUUGCAACCACACUUCCAGGGACUAACAGAAAAAGUCUGGAUUCACCUGGUGCCUGAGGAGAUGGCUUCCAGUCUACCCAAGUGCCCAGCUGCUCCCUCCAUACCAGUCUGCAGAGGCUCCUGCCCCCACUGGGCCGACUUCAGGGCUGCUAAUACUGCAGGGAGAGCUCUUCCAUUUCUCCCAGAGGAGAAAUGGACUUAAAAAAGCAACAAGGAACCAGGAAAGGGCAGAGCUUGAAUUCCAGGCAAGGAUUUCGCUUGGUCUGUUCAAGACAACAAAUAAUUAUUUCUCAUGGAAGGAGCAACACUUGUGCUACGCGACAGGGACCUGGAGGAUGCAUGACACCCCACUCUAAAGGAUCCCACAAAGCUGUCUCUGCCUGGUGAGUGUUCAAGCCCAAGAGAUGCAGAAAUUCAAGCAUCCUGUUUGCUAGCAUAGUUGGGUUCCUGGUUCAGUUCCUAAAUUGGUAGCCAACAUUUGUCUGCUUUUUCAGGGGACUGGAGGCUAAAAGAUAUGAGAAGGAUUGCAGGAAUUGAGUAUGUCUGGUUUAAUGAAAAGAAGAACUAGGGGAGACACGAUAGCAGGCUUCCAAUAGUUGAGGGGCUGCCAUAGAGAAGAGCGGGAUGAUCUCUUCUCCAAAGCACCUGAAGGCAGCAGAAGAAGCAACGGAUGGAAACUAAUCAAGGAGAGAAGCAACCUGGAAUUGAGGAGAAAGUGACAACAAUCAACCAGUGGAACAGCUUCAGAUGUUGUAGCUGUUCCAUCACUGGAGGGUUUUAAGAAGAUAUUGGACAACCAUUUGUCUGGAAUGGCAUAGGGCUUCCUGCUUGAGCAGGGGUUGGACUAGGAGACCUCCAAGGUCCCUGCCAAUUCCAUUAUUCUAUUAUUUACUUGUAAAGUUGCCCCUUUAAUCCCCACCCCUCCCAAAGCACAUUGCUGCCACUGUGCGACCAGAGCUGCCCACUUCUUUUGAAGCUCUUCCAAGCUUCUGCUGGAGAGGAUUUUUUUUUUUUUACAGGACCAGCAGUCCAUAGUUUAGCCUAGAACAAGACUUGCAUAGUAUCCUCAGAGACUGAGACUGAGAAGGUUUCCUGCAGAAGGGUCCUUGGUGCUCUCUGGGCAUGGUUGUUUUCUUGGAGGCGUUGGUUGUUUUCAGUGAUAGAUUACAACUGAUGAUAUUAGCUAGUGUGGGUAAUGAAAGCUCUUCAAGUAAACAACUAAGCUCAGAGAGCAUCAAGGACCUCAUUGUUCUCCUUCUUCUUCUCCUUCUUUUUCUCCUUCUCCUCCACUCUGCAAAUCCCACAUCUUUCUAACACUGGACAAUGUUGCCUAGUUUGAUAAUGAAACAUCUGCAAAAAAAACAACCAAGCUCAGAGACCCCACUCUCAUUCCAAUCCUGAACUACAAAGAUUCUUGGUUUCCUGCAGCUCUGAGCUUCCUCAUCUAACAGCUCACUUUCACAACUAAAAGCCACCCACAACCAGGCACCACGUAAAUACCACACAUAGCUCAGUGCGUACAUCCUGGAGGGAGAGAAGUUCCCCAAGGAUGGGCUCCAAUGCAAGUCUGAAAGCUUGGAGGACUAAACCUCUGGUCCCAAUGACCAACUUCAUCAUCUGUCUCUUUCUCUGUUCUGAUGGACAGGUGCUAUGAUCUUCCGUGAAGUUGGUGGCCGAAGUGAUUGGUGCAUCUUGCAUGAACUAAAUGAUGGGCAAUCUGACAUACUCCUGGUCCUUUAUCUUCGUGUUACAAGGCAUCCCAGGGCUGGAGGCAUGCCACCUGUGGUUCUCAGUGGCAGUUUGCACUGGCUAUGUGAUCAUUAUUGCUGGGAAUUCUAUCAUUUUACUGGUCAUAGUAUCAGAACCAGCCCUCCACAGGCCAAUGGACUACUUCCUCUGCAUGCUGUCCACUAUUGACUUAGCAGCCACUACGUCUACAUUGCCCAAGAUGCUUUCCAUCUUCUGGUUCCAGGCCAGGAAGAUCCAGUUUAAUACCUGUUUGACCCAGAUGUUCUUCAUCCAUGCUUUGUGUAUGAUGGAGUCAGCGGUGCUGUUGGCCAUGGCCGUAGAUCGUUACGUGGCCAUCUGCUUCCCUCUCAGAUACAGUUCUUUCUUCACUGCCAAGAUGGAGGUAUCAGCUGUUGUCAGGGGGGCCCUGCUGAUGUGCCCAUGUCCUUUCCUGAUCAAGGCUGUGUCCUUCUGUCAGACAAAUGUUAUCCACCAUACCUACUGUGAGCACAUGGCUGUGGUGAAGUUGGCUUGUGGAGACAUCAGGAUCAACAGUGUUUAUAGGCUAAGUGUGGCCUUGAUUGUCAUUGGGGGGGACCUUCUAGGCAUUGGCCUCUCUUACUUCUUCAUUGUCCGUGCAGUGCUACGCCUUUCCUCCAGUGAGGCCGGGUUUAAGGCCUUCGGCACUUGUGGUUCCCUCCUCUGUGUCAUCACAAUAUCACACAGCCCAGCACUCAUCUCAUUUUUCACCUACCGCUUUGGCCACGACGUGGCUCCUGUUCAUAUCCUGCUGGCCAACCUUUACCUUCUGGUUCCUCCUAUGCUGAAUCCCAUUGUAUACGGAGUGAGAAGCAAGGAAAUUCGGGAACAGGUCAUUAAAGUGUUCCUCCCAAAAAAGGUCAUUGUCCAAUCCAGAUCUGUCUGAAUCGGGCCCCCAAAUCUCCUUCUCCCUCUUCUCAUCUUAACUGCUCAGUUGGGGAUCCAGUGUUUGUAGACUGCCCUGGUGCCUCAGUUAUAAAGUGGACUUGUGGCUCUUAUCUAGAGGUUCACUAAAGCAUGCAGGUAAUAGUUGGCGAAACUGCUUUGAUUGCCAAGGAUGCCAAAAUGUAUAAUCACCAGAUUUAGAACUUCAUCUUGUCCAUUCGCCUUGAUUGCUUAUGCCAGAAAUAAGAUCCUGGGAGAAAAAGAUGAAUAGAUGCAGAUGGGCAGAGUGGCUACAUGCCUUUGUGCUCAAAUCCUGCUUGUCAUGAGCUUGUGAGAGGCUCACUCAGAAGGAACCAGGCAGAUCCAAUACACCAAAACCAAGGAAGCCUCUGGACCAGGUCUGGGUCCUCAGAAUUGCCCGAACAACAACCAGUGAUAAGAAAGUUAACUGCCAUUCAGUAAGUCACAAUUGACCCAGCAAUUCUCCUUGGAAA